CUCUACGUUUGUGAGUUGGACAUAUGAAACCAGAACCGAAUCCAUUCCAUUGUCUUCAACCUUCAACAAUUUUCUCUGAACACCAUGCUGCAUUGAUGUCGUUGCCUGUUUAUAUUUCGUAAACCUCUCCCACCAGUUCACACAGCAUCCACACGUCUAAAUAUCUCGAUCUACCAUCUGGUUUCAGAAAACUUCUCGCCUGGAAAUUCACCGUUCAUUAAUCAGCCAUGAACCUGGACAACAUGACAAUUUAUCCACCGAACAGUGAUAUUAAUAUGAGACACGUCCUCGUAGAAGUCGUCUUACCGUCCGCCUGCAUCUGUGGAAUCGUCGGCAUUAUAACCACGUUGAUAAUAUUAAGCCAUAAACACAUGGCCACCUCCACCAAUACAUAUUUGACUGGAUUGGCAGCAGCAGAUUUGAUGUUUUUGAUUAUUGUUUCAUUGCGUUUGUGGGGUGUGAUGGUUUCUCAUAGCGACUUAAACACCUGGGAGAUAUUCACUGCUUAUUCGGAGAUUUUCUUGCGAAUGUUCAACCUGGUUUCAGUCUGGAUGACCGUCAUGCUUGCGGUCGAACGCUUUAUUGCCAUUUGCAUUCCUUAUAAAGCAAUGGACAUGUGUACGAUCUACAGAUCACGGUGUAUUGUGGUUUUUAUCUACAUAGCCGCUUUCGUUUGCCAAUCACCGCAUUUUGCCAAAUACAAGAUUGUGACUUCGCACAACGAGUUUAACGAGACUGAAUACACGCUGCACCAAACGCUGCUCUCUGGAGAGAUUCUGUUCACCAUUAUCUACGGAUGGGUUUUGGAAGGUCUGAGCGGCGUCAUUGUACCAUUCGUGUUAAUCCUGGUCUUGAACAGUCGUCUCAUAUACGAAAUACACAAAUCAACACAAUAUCUUAAGAGACAGAUUGGAGCCAACACACGAACCAGCUUCGAUAUCAGUUCAGAACAAAUGAAAAUCACAACGAUGUUGAUUGCCAUGUGUGUCGUGUUUCUCAUCUGCCAGGCGCCGUAUGUCCUGUACAACUAUCUCAUUAGCAUACAGGCCGGGAGUCUCAGGAGCAGGAACCAUUUAUUGAUUAUGGCAAUCUCAAUCCUGUUAGCGGCCCUGAAAUCAUCCAUAAACUUUGUGCUGUACUGUUGGUUCAGUGAAAGAUUUUGGACCACUUUUAAAACGAUAAUGUGCUUCAGGUGUGCAAGGUUACAAAAGCUGACAAGAAACCAAACAAAUGGUGUUCCAAAGAUCACACCCCCUAGAAAUAAUUCCGUCUCCAAUUCUAAAGAAACUACAAUUUAAUUCUACACGAUUCCCAUCUUCCAAUCUCUACACUUACCAGUCUGUCUCUGUUUCAUAUACAUACAUACAUACAUAUCUAUAUACACGCAUAUACAUACAAGCAUACAUACAUACCCCCACACAUAUCUACAUUCAUACACAUACAUACAUACAUAUAGGUGCAGGAAUGGCUAUGUGGUAAGUAGCUUGCUUACCAACCACAUGGUUCUGGGUUCAGCCCCACUGCGUGGCACCUUGGGCAAGUGUCUUCUACUAUAGCCUUGAGCCGACCAAAGCCUUGUGAGUGGAUUUGGUAGAUGGAAACUGAAAUA